CUGGCCACGUCCCCGGGCCACGUCGCUCGGUGCCCGCUGAGCUUGCGCCAUCUUCGCUCCCCGGCUCCGGCUGCGCCGCCGCCUCUGCCGCCGCCAUGAACAUCUUCCGCCUCACCGGGGACCUGUCCCACCUGGCGGCCAUCAUCAUCCUGCUGCUCAAGAUCUGGAAGAGCCGCUCCUGCGCGGGUAUUUCUGGGAAAAGCCAGCUUCUGUUUGCACUGGUCUUCACUACCCGUUACCUGGACCUCUUCACUUCAUUCAUUUCAUUGUAUAACACAUCUAUGAAGCUUAUCUACAUCGCUUGCUCGUACGCCACCGUGUACCUGAUCUACAUGAAGUUCAAGGCCACCUAUGAUGGAAACCAUGACACCUUCCGAGUGGAGUUCCUGAUAGUUCCUGUUGGUGGGCUCUCUUUUCUUGUCAAUCAUGACUUCUCUCCACUGGAGAUACUGUGGACCUUCUCCAUCUACCUUGAAUCGGUUGCUAUUCUCCCUCAACUUUUCAUGAUCAGCAAAACUGGGGAAGCAGAGACCAUCACUACUCACUAUCUUUUCUUCCUGGGUCUGUACCGUGCCUUGUACUUAGUCAACUGGAUUUGGCGCUACUACUUUGAGGGAUUUUUUGACCUCAUAGCUGUUGUUGCUGGUGUGGUCCAGACCGUUCUGUACUGUGACUUCUUCUAUUUGUAUGUUACAAAAGUUCUCAAGGGAAAGAAGCUCAGUUUGCCAGCGUAAGUGCCAAAACAUCACCAGCAUCUGUCCUGUUGGAUGCUUGGACAGAACAAUCCUUAUCACAAGCAAAGGUGAAGAUGCUUGAGACAGAAAGUCAGAAACACAGCUCUUUAUAGUGCAGGUAGUCAUCAGCGGCUCUGUAAGAACGGAGGAAAAACAACCAGCAGAUUUCUGUUUGAUGCAUCUUGCCUUUAUCUUUUUUAUUACUAUGUAUAAAGAUUUUUUACAUAAAGAAACUUAUACUGUAUUAAUAAAUUCAGUGUAUGGUUUCAAUUGGAA